ACAUGUACAUGUAUAAGAUAGGAAAAAGGAGGGAACUAGAACAAAAGAACUGCAUAUUAUACAAGUCAUCCGGAGUUUAGGAGCAGUUAUUUGCUCAUGAGCUGGCCAACUCGGGAUUCUUUUGUCGUGCCUCCAUUCUCGGUGUCGGCAAAUGAAGGUAUUAUCAAAAACUGUUGACUGUUAAGGCGUGAUUUAAGGACAAGGACUGUAAUUCUGUUUAAUGAUUUAUUUGUUGAACGAAAAAACAACAACUUUGACUUCAAGACAAUCAACGACUCCCAGGAAGUACAGCUCACCCGACUCUUUGAAAAAGAAGUAACACACUGUGAACGAGAUUCCAGACACACACCCGUCUGGUCCGUUAGUAUCCCGCCCCAUCACACUUCCGGCCGUCUCCAGACCAAUGGGAGACAGGCGAGAUCUCUUGACCUCGGACAGAGCCAUUCCUAAUGGAGGGGUGAUCAACCCGGCCUUUGUUGAUGGAAGCAUGGAGGAACUGAAUCCAUCCCACCUUGCUUACAUGGACCCAUCCACCCACAGAUUAAGCGACGCGAGUAGCAAUGAGAACCUCAAAGUUUCUGACCAAGAGAACGAGAUGAGCAGUGACUCCGGCGACCAGGUGCGAUUCAGAUCGUUGCCUGCCAGAGCUAAUAUCGCUUCUCGUGACAGCUACUCGAGCUUAGAUAGUCUGGACAGCAAAGCACCGUGGAGAACAUGGGACGUCUUCCGCGUGGUCAGCAGUGUCAAAGACGUCGCGCUAGACGACCACACAAUCAGCCGCUUCCGCAAAGUGCUGAAGGUGGCGGUGGGUCUUAUCUUGACACUGCUAGUGCUGGUGUGCACCAUAAUCUCCAAGACGACGUUACUGCUGAUUUCAUCAAAUAUCUACGUCAACGUCACCCUCUAUUGCCACGAGCAGCCGGGCGGGCGCCAUUUCAGCUUCUGCUCUCGGGUGAAGCCGGAGAGCGUGCAGGGGAAGGUGUAUCGACUGUCGCAGAACGUGGAAAUUCGGUGGAUUUGGGCGAUGUUCACGCUCAUUUCUACACCGUACGUCUUCACGUUCAUCAAGUGUAUGUGGCGUGUGUGCUUCAAGUAUUCGAGGACGCCUUCUUGGAGAGCAGCACUGGCGGUUUUCAUCAGUGAGACGUUCCACUCCAUCGGCUUGUCGCUUUUCGCGUUUCAAGUUCUACCCAACAUGGACUCCCUGAGGGGCCUUGUUCUUACGAUGGGUGUAGCCUUCGUACCUUCCAUCCUCAAACUUUUCGACCGGGAGAGCGACAAGGGAAGAAAUGUUUUCACAUACAUAGCCGACUUUAUCGCCAUCGUUUUCCAAACCUCGAUUCUCUUCCUAUGGCCUAUCAGGUAUUUCUUGGAGGACAUGACGCCAACAGAGUCCUGGGCAAUACCAGCGUCCCUUUUCCUCAUCUCGUUUGGGCACUGGGAAAACUAUGUAAACAAUAGCACGACCUUGGGCUCUCUAGGUCGAAAGCUGAAAGACUUGAAGAAACAAACACGAAGAAUGAGAACAAAAAUAUAUCUAUUUAUCAGCUUGUGGAAGAUCUGCAUAACGCUCUUGUCUAUGACCGCGAUCAUCAGUGACUUCAACGCCAGCUGUGCUAGAGUCCUUUAUUUCUUCGGAGAUGACGGCCAACAGGGGUGUCCGCACUUGGUGAAUCCGGAUGGCGUGGCAAAUGUGGAAGCGAAAGAUUAUCUAGAAGACCCCUUCUGGGUGAUGCUCAUACAAAUUGGGGCCUGUCUGUUGUGCUACACGUUCGCGAAGACAGCGUGCAAAACCUUGCUUCAGAUCGGUUCGUUUGCGCUCCCUCUGUCCCUGUCUCUGCCCAUUCUCCUGGGAACUCUGAUCAGCGACUGCGAGAGCUGGAAUGGGAACAGCACCGAGCCCUAUCUGAUGUCUAUGCCCACCUACCUGUUUUGGAACUGUGAAGUGAAUGGAGACGGCAGUCACUACCUGAAGACGCUACUCUCUGAUUACUACUACCCGAUUGCUGUGGCCUGGUGGCUCAGCUUCGUUUGGGUUACCUCCCAUGUUUGGUUCCCCCGCGUGGAAAAAUUGGCACAGACUGAGAGGUUGUUUGUGCAGCCGCUGUACUGUGGCGUGUUUCUGGAGCAAUAUAUGAUCCUAAACAGAAGGCGGGACGACAGGGACAGGGAGAGCAGGUCCGAAAAGAAACAAGCCCUACAGUUCUUCCAGGAGGAGCAGGAGCGAGAAGUGGAGAUGGGUCUGAAGCCCCGCGGUUCCCUGCGCACUGACGUCACGCCGAUGAUCUACGUGUGCGCCACCAUGUGGCACGAGACGGAUAAAGAGAUGUUACAGAUACUCCAGUCUAUAUUUAGGUGAAGAUCGUUGGUUAUGUACACUACUGCUACAGCAAGGAUACAGGGUAGAGUACUGUGCCGCUGCAGAUGCCUUGACCUACUGCCCAGAAGGUUUCCGUGAAUUCUACAACCAGAGACGUCGCUGGUCCCCCUCCACUAUGGCCAACAUUAUGGACAUCCUGAUGUCUUGGCAACUCCUUAUCAAGAAAAACGAGAACUUCUCCGCUCUCUACGUCGGCUAUCAGCUUCUGCUCUUUGUCUCCUCCCUCCUCACGCCAGCUACUGUCUUCCUCCUCAUCGUCGGGGCUUUCAACACGGCUUUCAAGCAAAUCGACCUGGUAGAGGCUCUUUUCAUCAACUUGUCUCCAGUAUUGAUUUUCCUGAUUGUGUGUCUCACUAUGAAGUCCAAAUUCCAGAUGAUGAUAGUGGUGGUGGGUCUCAUACUGGAGAUGAGGAAGGACGGGAUAUGUGCGCCCACUACCAUCUUCACUAUAUGUGUCAUGGGGAAAGAGAGAAAGAUGGACCAAGGAAAGCUGAACAGGAUACUGAGCAUGUUCCACCUGAACCGCCAGGAGAACGGAGAAGAGAGCGACUACGGGUUCUCUUGUGGCAACCUCUUCCGCUGCUUGUGCUGUCCGCAGAAAAAGCCGGAGUCGGAAACAGUGAAGAGCACGGCUGCCAUCAUGGAGAAGCUGGAUCAGCUUGAGAACUCCAUCAAAGAACUACGGGACCCCAACAUGAGCGGUGACGACAGUCUGUUAGAGGCCCCAGAAGUGAUAAUUCAACCUCCGACCCCGAACUCACACGCCCCGAGUGAACACGGACAGACCAUUGAGACGGAAUCACAACACUCCAGCUCCAAGUCUGUCAGUGUCAGAGAGCAAUCCCUGUACGGUGACCCAGUGAACAGAUACGAGGCCGAGUUCUCUCCCUUCUGGAUCCAGGACGGUGAGCUUGGAUACGGCAACGUGCGCUACCUGGGCACAGAGGAGACCAGGUUUUGGCGGGAAGUCAUUGAGAAGUACCUGCAUCCUAUCGCCAAGGACAAGCAGAAGCAACAGAAGUUGGAAGUCGAUCUGAAAGAACUUCGCAAUAAGGCCAGCCUCAUGUUCUUUGUUCUCAACGCUCUCUUCAUCGUCAUCAUCUUCGCACUACAGUAUACAAAUGCUUCUGAGCAAGGCAAUGGUCUGGCCAUCCCGCUGCCCUGUACCAAUGAGGACGGCCAGGUGCUCACCCUCGAGCCAAUCUCACUUCUGUUCAUGGCCAGCUUCGGUAUUUCGCUCAUAGUUCAGUUCUUGUCCAUGUUCUUCCACCGAAUGGGGACCUUCUUGCAUAUCAUCUCUUCCACUGAGGUUAACUGCAUGAAGCUUAACCAAUCGGAGAUCGCAGCGAUGGAGGUCAGUGACAAACUGGAGCUUGUGCAGCAGUUGCAGAAAUUCGAGGACGAUGAUGACGACACAAGAUCUGACAUUACGUCUACUUCUGUGGACGGAGCGGACGAGAGCAGCAGUAAUACAGACGAGUCGCCCAGGUUGAGCCGCAGGAAAACUGUCAUGAGACUAACCCGGAAGCGGAAGAGACAAGAGCAAAAGGGAAGCAACUUGACCAGCAAAUUCAUGGAAAGGUAUCUGAAACUGGCCAAAGACCUGCGACAACAGCGACUCAGUGACCGGAGUCGGAAGUCACGUGGGAGUUCUCGGAAACAGAAGAAGUCAAGGAGAGCUAUCGAGACGAUAGAGAAAAAUGACAAAAACUCAGUGCUGUUGAAAGCUCACAAAUGGCAGAGCAUCCACAGAUCAAGGAACGGCAAGACAGCGAAUAGUAUAGAUAACCUGAACAACGAUCCGUGGGUGACCCUGGCGAAAGGUGUCCUCUCUCAGAGUCGGAGUAGCAUCAACAUGUCAGAAGACGAGGCCAACAGAAUCGGAGCUACUCCACGGCGAAAGAACACUUGGAGUGGGGAGGGCUCUGGAAGUCGACCUUUGACCUGGGUGGAAAGGGAGCGGCUGACAAAAAGGUCAAGUUUUGCUGCCCGUAAGGCCGAGGUGGACGUGCUGGACGCGGUCAAGGAGGUGUCCACAACGCCUGUGACGUCAUUGUCGGACAUCAGUGUGGAGGUCACCAAACUAGACCAGAACACGCCAUACGACUCCGGGAACGACAUUAUGGACUCGAACUCCUACGAUCGGGAGAUAAAGAGUGCAAACUCCACCAGCUCCCGGUCAGGCAUCAUCACAGGUGAUGAUGUCAUCAGCGCAGAGGAAACCGACGAGCGGAUAGAAAAAGAGAACCCAGUAUACGUCUCUCCGGGGAUAGAAACAUCUGGUAAAAGUAGUCCGGACUACGACGUAAUCGAAAUGAGCACUAUCCGCGCUGAGAUAAAUACGCCUCUUUCAGCCAUGGAGAACGAGGCACAGCACGUCUCGGAGAACCAGGGUGGCGCGGAAGACGUCAUCAUUUCUGGUGGAGAAAACCCGUACGACCACUUCUCCCGAAACGUGACUUUCGGUUCUGUCCACGGCAUGAGCGACAGAGGGAGCGUGAAAGAAGAGUUUACCAGCUUCUCCGCGGCCCUCACAAGUCAUGACGAGCAGGAGCCCCACUCACAAAUCCCAAGGAGCGAUGAUCCCCAUUUUGAUAAAGAGAACGACAACAAUGAUGACAACGAUGACAGUGAGUUCGAACCAACCAUGAGCGUUACUGAAAUCUUCGACCUGAACGGCCCAUACACACUAGUCACACCAGCUCAGCCGCCAGAUCUAGAAACGCAAAAUGACCAAGACCAAGAAGAAGAUAAACAAGAUAAGCACGAUCCCAGGAGAUGAUGAAUCCUUCUCACGACAUACUUUCAAAUCUGCAUUGCUUAGAACAACAUCGUGGUCAAAAUAAAUUAUGACUUUUUCUGCUUAUGAACAACACUGAAGUACUCAUACUGUUCAGCAGUUUUCUUUUAUUGAUCACAAUCAUCCGGGUCAAGGCUUCAGUGCGGUUGUUUUUCGUAGAAAUACAUGAUUCCUUGCCACAAAUGCUAAGCUGAAAACCUGCUAGUGCAGCAAGUGACACAAUAAGACCUGUCUCAUUUUGAAUCUGAGCAAAUGUCAGUUAAUCAUGCUCUUGCGCAUAGGUGGGGGUGGAAAAGGGGGGGGGGGGCGUACGGUGAACAGUUCAAACAAAAAUCACAUUUCUUUUAAAAUCAUAUUUUAUCAUGGUUGUUAUAUUGUCUGAAUUUGAUAGCAGAGAAACAGUAGUGAAGAAUGAUGAAAAAGCAAUAGCUAAAUCAGACGACACACUUUUACCCCAGGUACUCAGAAGCAAACAGAUUUGUCUCCUGUUAGCAUGGACUGGUACGGCGUCAAACUGUGACAUUGUUAUAGGUACUGGACACCUUUUCCCAGGUGAAUAACACUUUCGUUUUGAAAGGUACUGAAAUCAAAAUGCAUCUUUAAGUCAAAAGACUCACAUUUGCACAAGUAAAUUUAUUUACUUUUUUGAAUGAGCUGUAGCAAUAGUCUAUUCACGUCACGCAAAGAAAACGAUAGUUACCGUAGAAAAAACAAUUUUUGAUUACGUCAAUGUCAACGUUGACGUUGAGUCACAAGAGGUACCAGGGAGCGGAAUAGCCGUGUGGAAAGCAGGAAAAGGCGUUCUCCAUAGCUCUUGAAAUUCAACAUUGUCAUUGUGGAGCUCAUGUCAAAGGCAGUUGGGAGCUAGCUCGACUAUGAAAGUCAUCGAGUUAUCAAAAAGCGAACAUGACCAUUGUUUUACUCGACACACCGGUCAUGAGUGAAACAACGUCUUCUUAUGCCUUGCCCAUGAGGAAUCGAGGCAGAUAAAUGCACAGUAAAGACCGACAUGGCGUACUGGGUCAGCAAAAGAGGGAAAUGUAUUAUUAUGAAAUGGGACUACAAGAAUCAAAGCAAAGGAGAAAGAGAGACAACUGCAAAGGACACCUUGUUUGAUCAUGUUCAUGCCUUCCGAACACUUUCAAAUACUUAAUUUGUUGUCUCUCUGCUAGCUACUGGAACAGUAAAGCAUUAAAUAUCUGCUGAAAUUGGAAAAACAAAAGGAUGAAUAUGACAUUGUUUUAAUACUAAUACAUGACGCUGACUCAUAUUCAUGAGCAUGCUAAUUUGAUUUAAAGCAUGUCAGUCAGACUGAGGAAUGUAUCUUCAAUGGCGACUGAAAAUGGCGACAUCCAUGCUCAGUGGCCUCAAGAAAUAUCAAUAACUUGAUGUCCAUAAUUUAUUGACAUCUUCGCUUUGCUUUCUGCUUAUUUGACUCUUAUCACUCCGUUUCAAAACGGACUUGGAAUGAACCAUUUUGUCGCCAUUUGUUAGACACCAAAGCAUUUUCACAUUUGAUAUACACGCUUGCAAAAAAGAAUUCAGUGAUUUCCAUUUUUUUUAUUUUACCCUGUACAUGACUCGGACAAAGCGAUUUAUGCAAGAAUACAGCGAGAGAAAGUCACAAAAUCGAGCCAUAUUGGAAUGCACAAUUAUCAUAGCAGGCUGAGCACUGUUUUUAUUGUUUGAGACCCCAUUUAAUUUGUCCUUUUGUUAUAACGUAACAGUUUAAUUUUGAGAGAGAAAUAGCUAAUUCCUCUAUCUAUAAACAGUCUCCACAACGACAUCCGGGGCACUCAGAUCGUCGCAUGGCAUUAUGGGUAGCCCCAGGUCCUGCUUUGAGUUUUACAGUUCCUCAAAUAAAUCACUCUUUCUUCUUGCAUUUGCAAGAACACAAAACAAAUUGUUGUCUUCCUGAUGUCAUGUUCUUUUAUCAUUAGACUGAAUCUUUCAAACCCACACAAACACACAUACACAUUAAGUCAGAGCAAUUGGCGAGGUACUACUUUUAAUUAGCCACAUUAACUCAUCUAAUAACUGUACAUCUUCAGCGUGUGUCGAUCUGUUCGCUAGUUGACCUAAAUAGUCUUGAACAAGACUCAGGUGCGCUACUAAAUCACGAUCCCAAGCAACUGUUCAAAUUAUUUUGCUAUUUAUUUCGCUGUUGCGUUUGAUAUUGCUACUUUACUGUGCAAGCUUACUUUAGCAAUUCAUAUUUUACAUCGUUUUUGUCCAUUGUUCAAUUUUGUUUUGUUCGUAAAAUUUAUCAUGAUUAUUACUUCUGCUUUGCUUGUAUUGUUUUCUCAACUUAUUACAUUUUUGCAUGUAAACUUGUAAUAAAACACGAGACUGGCUCGUAAUGUAUAUUUUAUGCUGUAUGAAUUAUGUGAUGCAUUCUUCUUGCCCAAUAUAAAAUGUGUUUGAAAUACUUGUGUAAGAAAAUAACUUGAAUCCUCCAUAUUAUAUAUAUUAUCAUUAUGGUCUGCUUGUCUUCGGCCUAUACACGAGUAAAUGCUUUAACGAUA